AUGACAAAAAUAAAUCCCCCUCAAUUGGUGGACUGUCACAUACUAACUCAUCGGAGUUUUCUGAAGAUCAUUCAUCCUCUCAACUGCCUAAUCCAACUCGGACCCACCGCCAUCGCACCCGGCGCGCCAUUUCGUGAGAUCAGUCUGAAAUUAGUGCGCGAGUCAGGGAGUAAAGUACCCCAGACGGCCCGGCCAACUAACCUGGACCGGAUGGUACCCCCAACGGCAGCCGUGUCGACGCCGAACAGUAGUCAGCUCAAUUGUACGCCGGCUCAGCUAGCUGCUGAUUUCGGACACGACAGCUCAUUUAAUUUGACUGAGGAACAGUUCCGUCGGAAUGCGGAUGUGUUCUAUGACCAUAUGGGCUCAUACUUGGGAUGUAUUAGGAAGGAAGAUCUUUUGCAGAGCUUGUCUCAAGGGAAAGCAAGCGAGGCACUCAAGCUGGCCAUCUCGGCCCUUGCCGAAUGCAUUCGACCUUCCUCGACGACGGUCGACUAUGCCGAAAUCUGCUCGCGUCGGGCCAAGCUACUGUGUCUUCCACAUCUCUCCCUACCUAGUCUGGAUACCACGUUCACCUUACUUUUACUGGCCUAUUGCGAGUUUGGACGGGAGAAGGACUCCGGCCUGUGGAUGUGGAGUGGGCUCGCAUUCAGGAUGGCAACAGACCUAGGUCUCCACAAAUCCUCUUCCGCCAUUCAAGAGCCAUCCUCUGUGUCAUCGCCCACGGCUACCUCAUGGGACCAAUCCGAGGCCGGACUCCGGCAGAGAAUCUUUUGGUCUUGUUAUCAUCUCGACCGGUUGAUUUCCAGUGGAACCGGCCGGGUGGCCACCUUACUCGACUCAGAGAUCGAAAUCGAUCUCCCUAGUUUACAAGCCAUUACUUCUGAGGAUCCACUUCAUCACCAUCAACUGCUCCCUAGCCCAUCUCAGGAAGCUCUCUUGUCACCAUUUCACCACUUGACUCAGAUCUUGAUCCUCGUCGGGAAGAUUUCUGACGCGUUCAAUCGUAGUAAACUUGCCUCUCACUCUUCCUCUUCUCCCCCCUCACCUUCUUCCGAGCCGGAAGCUAAAACUUUGGAACACUUUCGGACUGAGCUUCACGAUUUUUAUACUCGCUUGCCACCGGUACUUCACUUUACGGUCGACAUUGCUCGACGACAUAUCAGCGUGAAAAAUGGACCUGCGUUCUUGCUUUUACAUCUUUGGUUUCAUUCCUUGGUUAUCAUCACUCACAACCCUAAUAGUGUAGGCCCUGGCUGGAGCUCACUUGAUGUUGGGCCGAUGGACCCUCUUCUUUUGGAGAUAAGUCAGGGUAGCGUGCGGACGAUCAGUGAUAUGAUUGCAUUUGCGAAUGUGGUUGAUCCGGACAUUGUUCCCAGUUUGCCGUUUGCCAGCCAGCCAAUCUUGAUCGCCGGGCUGGCAAGCAUCCCUAGCCAAAGCAGCCAGCCUCCGAAUCAGAGGCCAAUCCAAGCGGCCGAUUGGCGAGAAUUUGAGAUCUGCUCGGCGGCCUUACAGAAGAUGCAAACGCGCUGGAGGGGCGUCGGUUGGCUGGUCUCCACCCUCCACAGUCGUGCAAGGAACGAGCAAGAUGUCGACCUCUCUUCUUCCGGGGGCGCCGAAGUUAGCACUGCCGAUAAUAGCUUGAUGAAUAAACUUCUCGUUAGAAAGGCCGAGCCUGAGUUGCUCAACCCGAUCUGUUUCUCUCAUUCCAACGAAAGUCAUCAUUUCGUAGGGCUUAGUGCAACCGGAACGUUUCAUGAGCCUGCUAGUGGUCGCUUAUCACUUGUGCACCAACCAGAAAUAUGUUGCUCUAGUAGUGAACCAACAGACUUCACUACGCACAAUGAAGAACAGAAAUGGACAGAAACGGGGGCGAUGGGACAGCCGGUAGUCAAUCAACUGGGGGGCCUCAAGCUGACCGUCAAAACAGAAGGGGAACCAGUCCAGGGUAGUUUGAGCGGAAAGAAGCAUCAAGAGCAUUCGGCGGACUUGGGACCAACGCUGGACUCAACGGACUACAAUCUUCAGCCUUGUCCGGCAAUCAAGCCGAGCCAUCAAGCCGGAGAGAAGUUCAUCGGUGCCGUGGUCGGCAAAGAGGAUGUGCUCAGUCCAGGGCCUCAGGCGUCGUCUGCGUCAUCCUAUUGGGUCACUCAACCGAUCCCUCAGAUCUUUUGGCCCAAUCUGCCUAGUCUCGAAGUGCUCAACCACCACAAGCCCGGCGGUCCUACUUAUACUGGACUGACUGACGAGAAUCAUCAAGUGGAUAAGGAUUCGGCUGUCACCGAUCAACCGAUUACUCUCAGUAAUACUUCUCAGACUGAUGGGGGGUGUGCAAUGAUACGAGUGAAGGAGAUUGAGAAUUUUCAGCAAUCUAACUCAAACGUCCUCAAUCCAUUUAUUCUCCACGCCGACAAUCAUGGUGAUAACCACCAUCAUCAUCAUCAACAUCAACAUCAUCCUCAUCUUCAUCCGCUUCAACAGCAGCAGCAGCAACCACCACCACCUCUAGAACAACAGCAGCAACAACUCCCCGAUCACAUUCUGGGCCUCCCUGAGUUCUUUGAACACCAGUCUCACCCUCAGCAGUCUCCCUCCCCCGUCUUUGCUAAAGAAGUCUGGGAUCAUUUGUUCCGUGGCGAGGUGGGUAUUUGGUCUAGUUUUCAUCACUUCUGA